AUGACGACGACGAAGAAGAUGGUAGGAGUGGUUGUGCUGCUGCUGAUGGCCUUGGCUGCAACUGGGGAGGGGCUCUUCGAUGGGAAUACCUUGCUGGCGGAGAUGUUCAAGGAGAAUGGGGAACCAAACUACUACACGAAGUCAACCACCACGGCCUGCUGCGACAAGUGCAUCUGCACAAGGUCCAUCCCUCCUCAGUGCCAUUGCAACGACAUCGGAGAAAGUUGCCACUCUGCUUGCAAGACCUGUCUCUGCACUCGCUCCUAUCCUCCGCAGUGUCGCUGUGUUGACACCACCAACUUCUGCUACGAUAAAUGUUCCUCUUCUGCUUAA